AUGUCCUCCGACGAGGAGGAUGGCCGCCCUCGCGGCGAGGGUCACGAGAGUCCCGCACACAGCAAUGCCAACGGUUCUGGAGCUGAACAAAUGGAUGAAGAUGAAGAUCUCUUCGGCUCUGACGGAGAGGGCGGCCUCGACGACAUUGAACCACACCGCACCCUAGAUGAUGAACAACUUGACUCAGGUGAUGAUGAGAAUCGCUACGAUCGGCGCGAAGAACGCAUGUAUGACGUGGCUGAAGAGGAGCAAGAAGUGAAUGUUGUUGACCAUGACCUUGCGCGAGCGCCAGUGCCAUUGACCAACGACGGGGAGGUAUACACGAUGCAUGUGCCGGAUUUCCUCUCAAUUGAAGGAGAAGAAUUCAAUCCCGCGACUUACGUUCCACCGCCUUACCAGACCGCUGCUACCUCUCUGUGCUGGCGCAAGGACCCUGCAGAUGAGUCUCUUUUGCAAUCGAAUGCCCGCAUUAUCAGAUGGGAGGAUGGCUCCAUCACUCUUCAGCUCGCCUCCGCACCUCUCGAGCAAUACCGGAUCGCAUCCAAGCCCCUCGCACCUCUCACUAAGUCUGGCGACUAUGACCAUAAGCUGGACUCCCACGUUUACCUCGCAGCGGGACUGGAAACUGCUCAAGUCUUCAGAUUGACCUCACAUCUCACCCACGGUCUAACCGUUCUGCCGAACAGCCUAGAGACAGACGACGCCGUUCAACGUCUUCAAGAGCAAUUGGCUGCUGCUGCCCGUGGUAGUAAGCAAACCGCAACUGGCACUGCGCCGCGCUAUGAGCUCACGGAGGAUCCUGAGUUGGCCGCCAGACGCGCUGAAACGAUGGAGAGGGAAGCUAUCAAAGCGGAGCGUCGUCGACAGCAGCUUGCAGAUCGCGAGGCUGAUCGCGGUCGCCGUCAUGGUGCCGCUCGCACUGGUCCUACCGGUCUUAGUGUUGGUGGUCUUGAAGAUGGAGGAUUGCAUACGACACGUCCGCGCGCCAAGCCUCGUCGUCAAAACCGUCGUGGAGAGAUCUAUACCGACGACGAAGAGGAUUACUCCCGCGGUGCCCGCAAUAGAGAAGACGAGUACGACGAGGAUGAUGGAUUCUUGGUGGGCAGUGACGAGGAUAUCGAGGAGGAAGCUGAAGAUGAAGAGGAAGAACUGGAGGAUGAAGAUAUGGACGCGGAAGGUGAAGAUGAUGAGGAGGCUGCACCUGCGAAGGCUGCCCGGAGCAAGCCAGAGCCCGAAGCCAGGGCCGGUACACCUCCUGCCCGAAAGAAGAACCGCUAUGUGGUCGAUGAUGAGGACGAUGAGUGA